AUGGCGCGACGAGGUGCGUACCUACAACUUCCACACGAGUGUUCCCCCGCUGAUCCUUCGCGCAGCGUUCACGAAGCGCGGAUCGCGGACUUGAACGACGAUGUACCGCGGGGCAAGCUCAGGUCUCUCUGGACGCUGGUGGAGAAGCUCGAUCGCUGGGGUGUUGAGGCGCGUGGAAUUGAGCGAGUAAUGCCGGACGAACGAUCGCAGACCUCGUCGCUGGUGUGCUUCUGGAUGUGGCUGGCGGCAAACAUGACCAUCUCGACUUUCUCUCUGGGCACGCUUUCUGCGUCUGUGUUCGAGCUUGGGCUGAGGGAUGCGGUCUUGACCAUCCUAUUCUUCAACCUUCUCACUUCAAUCCCUGCGGCUUACUUCUCGACAUGGGGACCGAAGCUUGGAUUGCGCCAAUUGACCAUCUCGCGCUUCUCCUUCGGCUAUUUUACGGCUUUGAUCCCCGUUAUCCUCAACUGCAUUGCAUGCGUAGGGUGGUCUGUUGUGAACUCAAUCGUUGGUGGGCAGACGCUGCAGGCCGUCAGCACGUCGCACCAGAUCCCCAUCGCCGCUGCCAUCGUUGUCAUAGCGGUCGGCACUAUCAUCGUGUCCUUCAUGGGCUACCGUGUCGUGCAUUUGUAUGAGAAGUACUCGUGGAUUCCUGUCUUCGUCAUUUUCAUCAUCUACGCGGGCGAGAUUGGUGCUCAUGUCGACGUCGGUGCUUGGGGCGGAAGCGGCGAGGUUGAGGCUGCGAGCGUACUGUCUUAUGGCGCUAGCGUCGCUGGUUUUGCACUGGGCUGGACCUCGCUGGCUGCGGACUACUCUGUCCAGCUUCCCGAGAAUAUGGCUACGUGGAAGGUGUUCUGGUCCACAUACUGGGGCAUGAAUCUCCCGAUGAUUACUGUCGAGAUCCUCGGUGCGGCUGCCAUGCACACCUUCGAUGCUAAGCCGACGUGGGGCGAUGCCUACGGUGCUAUCGGUGUGGGUGGUUUGCUCGGUGCGCCGCUUACUGGCACCAUGCACGGCUUUGGCAGCUUCCUUCUCGUGCUGCUCGCCCUCUCCAUCGUGGCGAACAACAUUCCCAACAUGUACUCUCUCUCCGUCACCUUCCAGGUGCUCGGUCGUUACGCCCAGGCCAUUCCCCGCGUUUUCAUCGUCCUUGCCGGGUCCGCCGUCUACAUCGCCCUCGCCAUUGUCGGUGCUAGCUACUUCGAGGAGUGGCUUGAUACGCUCCUCGUCGUUCUCAGCUACUGGCUCGCGAUCUUCUCGACGAUCUUGGUGGAGGAGCACCUUAUCUUCCGUCGCGGAGAUUGGAUGAACUAUGCACCUGAUGAGUACAAUCAGUGGAGGAAGCUGCCCCUUGGCGUUGCCAGUUUCUUGGCUUUGGGCUGCGGAGUGGCAGGCGCUGUUCUUGGUAUGGCACAGACGUGGUAUGUCGGAGUCAUCGGUAGCAAGUUCGGGCUUCCGGGUAUCGGUGGCGAUAUUGGCUUCGAGCUGUCCUUCGCCUUCAGCGCGGUGACAUAUCCCAUCUUCCGAUAUAUUGAGCGCAAGUAUUGGGGCGCCUAA